AUGGAGAAUAUUUUGGCGAAUCGGAAGGUGGCGGCCGCCGGCGUCGGUUUUGAGGGCGAGAGCCGUCGGGAGCUGGCGGCGAUCUUUGUGCGCGCGUUUGACGACGAGGAGAACCGCUUCCCGAUCGAUUUCGACGACGUUUGGAAAUUCUGUGGGAUGAGCAACAAGGCAAAUGGACUUCAGAAGCUCAAACGCAUGUUUUUCGAGGGUACAGACUACGUAAUCAAGACUGAGCGUGCAGUCAAACUCGAAGCAGAGGAUGUUGGAGGAAGGCCGAUCGAUUUCUACAAGCUGACAGAGAGUGCAUUUGAGAGCUUUGCCAUGUCGGCUCCCGGAGAGCGGGGGAGACUGGUAAGGAGGUACUUCUUGGCGGUCAAGGAGCAGUACUUUGGGCAGCUGGAAGGCCUGGGCAAGAGGAACCGCGAACAAAAUGACAUGCUGGAGGAUAGUGCUCGUUUCUUAGCAAAAGAGCACGAUAUUCUCGCACAGGAGCUGGACACCCGCCCCGAGGGAGCACAGAAGGCCGUUCAGAGGGAUUUGUGCAGACUCGAAGGCGGGGCAAUGGAGGUUGCGUGCGACCACGGUGUGGUAGACCUGCUGACCGACGAUGAGGUGAUCGAAGUGAAGGAGGCGCACAUGUGGAAGCACGCUCUGGGUCAAGUUCUGGCCUACAAGGCCUGCUUCCCCAAACAUGCAGCUCGGAUCCAUCUUUUCGCCAAUGACCAAGUUUUCAUCAAGGCUUUUGAUGACAAGGGCAACCAGUUUCCCAUUAACUUUGAUGACGUCUGGCGAUUUUUGGAGUACUCCAACAAGGCAAGUGCACUGAGGAAGCUGAAGUCUCCUCAAUUUAUGGAAGGAGAAGAUUAUACUGUAAGUACCAGAAGGGAUACAAACAUCCAAGUUGAAAACCUCCGAUUAGUGGAUUUGGGAGGGAGGCCUGUCGAUACUUACAUGCUUACGGCCAACGCCUUCGAGCACUUUGCAAUGAGGGCCCCGGGCGCCAUGGGGCACCGCGUGCGCCGCUUCUACAUCGCAUGCCGCGACUCGUACCUCGAGAACGAGGCCGCCCGCCGCCAGCAGGCCCCGAAGGUCGCAGACCAGGCCUGGAACCAGGCCCGGCAGGACGGGAUCUUCCUCUUCCACGCCAAGUGCGGGUCCGUCAAGAACUACCUCGACGCACGCCCCGACGUCGGGCGCUCCUUCUACGGCGAGGUCGGCACGCUGAUCAAUCAAGCGAUCCUGGGCUUCCAAGAGCAGACCCACGAGUUCAAGAUCACGCACGAUAUCCCCAAGUGGAUGAGCCUUCCAGAUUGUCUCGACCACUACGGCCAAACGGCCAGAGGGCUCUUCGAGGUAGGGUUCUGGAGGUUCUUUGACCGCCCGAAGGCGGAGCUCGCGGCCCUCGAGCCGGAGACCGUGCUGCGAGAGCUCGCGCGCAUGAAAGACGCCAUGCGUUCGUAUCUCGUGACCUGCGGUAUGGGCAACGUCGAAGACCGGCUGCUGGAAGUCCCAGACGCCAAACGACGCCGGAAGGAGUAUGCGGCGCUCCGCACGGCCAGAGCUCUCACUCCGUCCGCAACUGCGUUGCGGAUCAUCGAAGAGACCCGGAAGAGUAGCGACCGGCCCGUGAUAGUCUUAGACGGCGCUACAUAG